AUGGACCCACGAGAUCCCCUCAACCUUGCGAAAACAUCUAAAGAAGAAGACCAUCUGAAUCAGAGCAUCAAAAAAAUUAAAAGUUUUGAUUCACCUGUUGAAGCAACCAUGGAAAAUGGGGUGAACAUGGAGAUUGAAGAUCUGAAAAGGGGAACCCCCGCUCAAGGUUCUACUGCUAUCGGCUCUCCUACCCCACCUCCCAAAUCUUUCAAGAAUGCCCUGAACCUGAAUAGAAGAGGCGAUUAUUUAUUUGAUAGUAGGGUAGAAAUCCUCUCGUCGAAUGAGGAGGAUAAUGAGCUUGAGGGCCAAUCUGAAAUCCACCACUCCUACUUAGAACACUUGGGACUUCCUAAAGUCACCCUACCUAAGAAGCUACUGGACAAAAUACGGCAACCAUGGAGGAAUGCUCUAAUUGUCAGGCUUCUGGGCAAGAACAUAGGAUAUAAAAUGCUAUGUACUCGAGUCAAGAAUAUUUGGGGUCUGCAGGGGGACUUUAAUGCCAUUGACCUGGGUUACAACUACUUUCUUUUUAAAUUUUCUGAACAAGCUGACUGUACCCAUGUUUUUACAGGAGGUCCAUGGGUAAUCAUGGACCAUUACCUCAUGGUGCGAAGGUGGGAACCGAAUUUCAAACCAUUGGAAGCCUUUGAAACCAUAACCGCAGUUUGGGUUCGAUUUUCGGAGCUUCCGAUUGAGUAUUACCAGGAGAAAGUCCUUUUUGCCAUUGCCAAAUCAUUAGGGAAACCUCUUAAGAUUGAUUGGACCAUGACUAUGGCGAUGAGGGGGAAAUUUGCAAGGAUUAUAUUGAAAUGGAUCUCAAUUCCCUUCUGA